UGGUUACGUCAUCAGUCCGCGCCGCACGGGGGAAACGUGGGAAAGAACAGCAAAAGUGAAGAUUAGUGAGACUGCACGUGAAUCGAUGUGAACAUGGCGUCGAUUCAAGAGCCAGAGGUCCAGUUCGCACAGAGAUUAGCCUCCAACGAGAAGCCCAUCCGGACCAAGGCUAUAAAGAAACUGAGGAAAUAUAUAAAUGUCAGGUCUCAGAAAGCGACAGGUGGAUUCACAGGUGAUGAGCUGCUCAAGCUGUGGAAGGGUUUGUUCUACUGCCUGUGGAUGCAGGACAAACCACUGCUCCAGGAGGAGCUGUCAAACCAAAUCUCCACCCUGAUCCACAGCUUCCACGAUAUUGACGGCCAGUUUGGAUACCUGGAGAGCUUCCUGCAGACCUUCAAAAGAGAGUGGACUGGUAUCGACAGGCUGCGGAUGGACAAGUUCUUCCAGCUGGUUCGCUUCAUGUUCAGACAAACCUUUGAGUUGCUGAAGAGGAAAAACUGGGAGAGCAGUGUGGUUGCCAGGUUUCUGGAGCUGCUGACAGUACAGCUCCUGCAGAUUGGCAGCGGAGCGCCCAGUGGCCUGCAGUUCCACAUCCUGGACCUUUACAUGACUGAACUGGCAGCUGUGGGUUCAGCAGAGCUCACUGCUGAUCAGAACUUGAUAUUCAUUAAGCCGUUCUGCAAAACAGCUGCCAAAACCAAGGAUCGGAGUCUUUUCAGAGCUAUCUGCAACAGCAUCCUCAGCACUAUUAUUGACCAGGCUCCCUUCGCUAUUGAAGAUUUGAUGAAGGAGGUGGAAGCAGCUGCGGCCUCAGACUCAGGACAGGCUUCUGAAGUGGACAAUGAAGAAGACCAUCUAAAAGAGAAAACAACGAGCAAACCACUCAGCAAGAAAGGGACAGGGGAGCAGAUUAACGGUGAUGAUGACGACGAUGAGCUUCUUCACUUGGAAGACUCAGACACAGAGGUGCCAUGUGAUGAUGACAUCGGACCAGUCCUUCAGUUUGACUAUGCGGCCUUGGCAGACAAUCUGUUUGAGUUAGCGAGUCGGAGCAGCACACCCAGCCAGAACAGACAGAGACUCUACAAAAUCAUCAAAGUACUACGUGAUCUCAGUGAAGGCAUUUUUCCUCAGGAUGAAUAUCCAGAGGAUGUCUCCACUGAUGAGGAUGAUGAAAUGUUUGGCAGCAGGAAGAGGAUGAGGAGAGGAAGUGGUCAGAUAGAAGAGGAUGAGGAGGGGGCGCCAGCAGGCAGGAAAAGUAAAGGCAAGAAAAAGGAGGCAUCCAAACUCAACAAGCAAAACAAGGACCCUGGAAAAGAUGGCAAUGAACCAGCUGACCUAACUGCAAAGAAAAAGAGGAAGAAGAAGAAAAAGAAAGCAGGUCAGGGUGGAAGUGCAGGUGGUGAGGAAAAUGCAGGGAGGUCUGAACAGGAACAGACUGUGGCUCAAGCUCGAAGUUCCAUUGAAGAGACUGAAGGAGGUCCGGAGUAUUCAGAAGCAGAAGAUUUAGAAAAGGAAGCACAGACACAAAGCUCCAUCUCAUUAGUAAAAGUCACAGAGGCAGCUACUCCAGAGGGUCAGUCAGGAACUCUGCUCCUCUCUGAGGUAAAGAAACCGCUUUCAGUUACAGUCACAGAAGAAACCAGCCAACCAACUCCCUGCACAACUGACAACAGGGACCAAUCUGAAAGGUCCUCAAAGAAAAAAACAAGGGAGACUUCUGAGCAGCAGACUCAUGUUAGAACAGAGCCAGAGAUGUCCUCUGAAGCCAGUGCUCCAGUCUCAGGGAAGAAGAAAAAGAAGGGCCUGAAGGCUAAGUUACAAACAGAUGGGCAGACAGUUGUGGCUGAAUCGCCGGUCAAUGCAGAAGCAGAGAUCACACCAGUAAGUAGUGAGAAGUCAGCAGAAAAAAACACAACACCUGAGACUGAUGCUACGACCCCUGCCAAGAAGAAAAAGAAGGGCCUGAAGGCUAAGAACAAUCUCGAGGGGGUUGAAAGUGAAUCACAGGUUUUGAGCACAGAAGCAGAUUUCCCAUCAAUACCUUGUGAGGAUUCAGUGGAAGAUGGCCCAACCAUCAGAAUCGAGUCAAUUGAUUCUAGAAAGCCAGUCAAAAAGAAGAGUAAGAAAAAGAACCUUAAGGCUCAUGAAGCACAAAAGGUUGUGGCUGAUGCACAGUUGGGGGUAGAGGGAAAAUGCACAGAUACUGAAAUCACAUCAGUUGGUGAGGAAGCAUCACAAGAUACCACCGCUGUGCCUCUUAAAAAGAAGACAAAGAAAAAGGGCAAGCAGGAGGAUACACUUGAAGCUUCACCUGCUGCAGAUGAAAGCGCUAUAACCCCACUGAAGACGAAAAGGAAAAAGAAUAAAAAAGAAUCUAAGACUACAGUGGAAGAGGAAGGAGCAGCGGCGGGAACCCCUCAUGUGGCGGAUGCUGAGAAACUACUGUUUGAAAUCACCAUGACAACACCAGCAAAGAAGAAAAAGACUCAGAAGCUGGCAGAACCCCAAGUGGAUAAGAUCAAAGAUCAAACCCAGUUGCAGUUAUUUGGCAGUGUAGAUGCAGAGCUCCCAUUGGAUGAAACCAAGGUGUUCUCUGCAUCCGGUAAAUCGCUCAAGAAGAAUAAGAGGAAGAUCCCUGUGGUGUUUGAGUUUGAGGCUGAUGAGCUGGAGGCGACAUCGAUCAAUGGCCAUGCAGAAGAGACUGUUGCCAAGAAGACUAAACUUGGCAGUGGUGUUGAAGUGCCGUCUACACCUCUGAGCACUAAAAAGUCACAAAAGAAGGCAAAGACUUCCUCAGGGUCAGCGUCUGCACUCCUUUGCAAAACCAAGAGAAGCCCCUGCACCCCGCUGUCCAGCAAGAAGAAGAAUCAAACUCCCAAAUCAGAAUCCAAGAAGGUGACCUUCGGUCUCAAGAAUAAUAAGACAGCUGAGUUUAGGAAGACUGAUCGCAGCCUGCUGGUGAGUCCAGACGGGUCAUCACGAGUACCCUUUGACCCAAAACAGAAACCCAAGUUUGGGGUCUUAAAGUCUCCGCCCACACCACUCUGUGCCAGCGUCAAAAAGACCCCCAACGGCAACAGGAAGACCAGCUCGGAUACUCCAAAGAGCACGCCUAAACGACGACCCUCUGCAGCAGACUUCUUCUAACAUCCCACGCUGCCAGAUGCAGAUGUAAUGCUCUCUGUGAACUCUUUAAUAGACUGAUUUGAAAGAAAUCCUCUUUUGGAGAGAUGUAUAAAAGUAUUUUUAUGUUUAUCUGAUAUCAGUGUUGCUUUUUGCCUCUUCGAGUGACAUUUUAAUAAAGUUACUCAUUCAGUUUUA